GCAUGCACGCAUGUCACAGUGGUCACUCUCUACCUCACCAGUCUACUGGAGUAGCUUUAUCUGACUGAGAGAACACGCACGGUCUCCGAGGAGAAGCCAACCCAACUCGGCAACCCACAUCACUGCCUCCAAUGCCACUCUCUGCUUCCACUACCCCUACCAGUCUACCACCACCUCCAGCUCCCAAGAAACUCCACAGUACACAACCCAUCUCCUUCCCCAACCCUCAGCGGCGACUGAUCGGAGCUAGUAGUGCGCGCGGAGAAGAGGACACGAUGAAGAUCCUCGAGUCGCCCCUCAUGGGGGAGUUCAUUGGCUACCUCAAGGCGAACUGGGGCGGCAGCUCCCGCGUCAGCCAGCGCCGCCGCCGGCUGCGGCAGCUCGUGGCCAUGGUGCAGGGUGUCGCGGCCGCCGCCGAGGGCCGCCCGGCGGUGCGCGAGAGCUCCGUCAACCGCUGGCUGCAGCUGCUGCGCAGGGAGGCGCUGCGCGGCCAGGCGGUGCUCGACGCCACCACCGACCCCUCCGCUGUCGUGGGCUCCGCGAAGAAAUUUCUUGCGGGCGUGAAGGCGUUGUUCGUGUGCAGCGCCGAGGUUGACCGCCUUACCGACGCCGUCGAGGCGCUCGAGCAGCUCGCGGGACCCGGCGGCGACCUCCACAUCUUCCUCAAGGUGCUGCAGCUCGACGCCGCCGCCGCCGACAUGGAUGUGGACCACGACGCCCCCGCCUUCGCCGCUAAGCAUUAUGUCGAGCAAGAAAGCUUCUCCGUCCCCACCGCGCCGGGCGAGAAGAGGAAGCGCGGCGGGAGCUCCGGCGUCGACCAGGCUUGUGAUGGUAGCGACGGCGACGGAGAAGGCGAGGCGGCGUCCCACGGCCGUGUCCUCCUGGAGCGCCCCUACCGCACGAAGCGGCGUCGUGCCCUGGCGUGCAAGCGCCACACCCGCUCCGGCCCUCCGCUGCCGGCGGGGCCCGGCCGUUCCGUGGCGGUGGCGGAGGCGAUGGUCAGGGUGCGCCGCCGCAUCGGGGCGCCGAGCCUCGGCCGGCCAUUCUCGAGGAUUUCGUUACAGUGAGUGAGUACUGAGCCCUUCUCCUGCGUUUUGAUGCUACUGCCUACUGGAACAAAGUAAGCUGAUGAGGGAUUAUGUCGACCAUGUAGUAUGAUCACUUCUUGACCUGGGCAGAGUAUGUUCAGUUGACUUGUGCUGUUAACUGCUAGCUGAUGCAAACUACUAAUUAGUAUGUCCCUUUCUUGUGUUCGAGUUAUGGUAUCGAUUCACUGAUGCAAUGUGACCGCCAGAAGAUGAACACCCCUGGUCGCACUUCAGCAAUUUUAUGUUUCACCAUGCUUUACAGCAUGAAAUUGAUAGCAAUGCAUCAGCUUGACCGUCAACAUGAAGCUGAUAACUAAUAGUAGUCUCUACUGCAUCCAUUAGGGAAAUGUGCUUUGUUUAAGUAAAAUGCAGUGACGAUCGUGAGAAGCCCUAUCCUGCUCUGCAGUCCAGUCGUUUUGUUGAGGAUGAGUUGUGUUGUUAGAUUGUGCUUCAGUUAGUUUGUUCUGUUAUGUGCUGUUAACUGCUAGCUGAUGCAAAUUAAUUAGUCGCUUUG